UGCAGUGCGUGCGGGUGCACCCAAAAUGCCACAGUCCGGGCUUCUGCAGCACAGGCUCUGAGCAGAGGCGCCCACUGGCCCUCCCACCUGGGCCGAGGCCCAGAAGCCCUGCGUCCCUGUCCUGGGCUCUGGGCAUUGGGCUUUCCUGAAGGAGACACCUCCGGGGGCACGUUCAGAGUGAGGCUGGGGUGCCACCGGCCAGCUCAGCUGCAAGAAGCCUGGAUCCCCAGCCCCCCGGAACCGUGGGUUCGGAUCCGGACCCCGCCCGCACCGCCCACCAUGCACGGCCUCGGGCUCCUGCUGCUUGCUGCGCUGUGGCUACAGGAGGUUGCCCCCAGGGCCACCCUGCCCCACGUGGAGCAGUACGAGGUGGUGAGGCCCCGGCGCCUGCCAGCACCCCGCACCCGCCGAGCCCUGCCCUUCCACUUGGGCCUGUACCCGGAGAGUGUGAGCUACGUCCUGGGGGCCCGAGGGCACACCUUCACCCUGCACCUUCGGAAGAACAGGGACCUGGUGGGCUCGGGCUACGUGGAGACCUACACGGCCGCCGAUGGCUCCCAGGUGACAGAGCGGCUACUGAGGCAGGACCACUGCUUCUACCAGGGCAACGUGGAGGGGCACCAGGGCUCCGCUGCCAGCCUCAGCACCUGUGCCGGCCUCAGGGGCUUCUUCCAGGCCGGCUCCACCAUCCACCUGAUCGAGCCCCUGGAUGGGGGCGGGGAAGAGGGGCAACACGCACUGUACCAGGCACAGCACCUGCAGCAGAAGGCCGGCACCUGCGGGGUCAACGACAGCAGCCUGGAGACCAUCCUGGGGCCGCGGGUCUCGGCGGCCCUCAGGCCCCGGAACUGGCCAGUGCCCCGAGAGACCCGCUACGUGGAGCUGUUCGUGGUCACGGACAGCACAGAGUUCCAGCGGUUGGGGAGCAGAGAGGCUGUGCGCCAGCGGAUGCUGGAGGUGGUCAACCACGUGGACAAGCUUUAUCAGGAGCUCAAUUUCCGCGUGGUGCUCGUGGGCCUGGAGAUGUGGAACGGUGGGGACAAGAUUCACGUCAGCACCGAGGCCGACACCACACUGAACAACUUCCUGUCCUGGCGGGUGCGAGACCUGGCGGGGCGGCACCUGCACGACAACGCGCAGCUCAUCACCGGGGUCGACUUCGCAGGGACCACCGUGGGACUGGCCAGGGUGUCCGCCAUGUGCUCCCAGGGCUCGGGGGCUGUGAACCAGGACCACAGCCCGAACCCCGUCGGCGUGGCGAGCACCAUGGCCCACGAGAUGGGCCACAACCUGGGCAUGGACCACGACGAGAACAUCCAGGACUGCUACUGCCCGGUGCCACAGAACGGCGGCGGCUGCGUGAUGGCGGCCAGCAUCGGCUCCAACUUCCCCAGAAAGUUCAGCCACUGCAGCCGAGCUGACCUGGAGACGUUCGUGGAGAAGCCCCGGACGGCCUGCCUGGUAGACGCCCCGGACCCUGACCGGCUGGUGGGCGGCCCCGUGUGUGGGAACCGGUUCCUGGAGCGUGGGGAGCAGUGCGACUGCGGCGCCCCCCAGGACUGUCAGAACCGCUGCUGCAAUGCCAGCACCUGCCUGCUGGCCAAGGGGGCUGAGUGUGCCCACGGCAGCUGCUGCCACGAGUGCAGGGUGAAGCCGGCCGGAGAGCCGUGCCGCCCUGCAAAGGACCAGUGUGACCUCGGGGAGUACUGCGACGGCCGGCAGCCCAUGUGUCCCGAGGACGCCUUCUGGGAGAACGGCACACCCUGCCCGGGGGGCUACUGCUACAACGGGGCCUGCCCCACGGUGGCCCAGAGGUGCCGGGACUUGUGGGGGCCAGGCGCUCGGGUUGCCACGGAGACGUGCUACAGCUACAGCAUCUCCACAGGCUGCAAGGGCGGGAUCCCCCGGGACUUUGGCAGGGUCAACAGGUGUGGCACUCUGUUCUGUGAGGGGGGGCAGAAGCCCCCGGAGCGGAGUUCCUGCACCCUCACCUCCUCCUCGGGUGCUUGCCAGGCUCUCGUCCAGGACAGCAGCAGCGCGUACGAGCCAGUGCCGGAAGGCACCAAGUGUGGCGAGGAGCAGGUUUGCUGGAAAGGCUUCUGCCGGGACCUCCAUGUCUACAGAUCCAGAAACUGCUCUGCCCGGUGCAGCAACCGUGGGGUGUGCAACCACAAGGACCAGUGCCACUGCCACCCGGGCUGGGCCCCGCCCUACUGCGCAGAGCUGCUGUCCACCGUGCGCACAGGCUGGCCUGGACAUGCGCUAAGCUGCCCGCGGGCCCUCCCAGCCCCUGCUGCCUCGAGGCACAUCUGGCCCUGGUGGCACCUGGCCUCCUGUGUCCCCACAGCGUCCCGGAGACGCCUGGUGGGCGUGCUGGUGCCUGUGGCGCUCCUGGUGCCUGUGGCGCUGACCCUGGCAGGCGUGGUCAUCUACCGCAAAGCCCGGCGCCCCGUCCGAAGGAGGAAUGUGGCGCCCAAGACGGCCAUGGGGCUCUCCAACCCCCUGUUCCACGAGGGGCACAGGACACCGGUGAAGGGCAGGGCCCCGGCUCCCACCAGGGGGCCCCCAGAGCCGGGCCUUUCCUCCCACCCCAGCCAGCCACCCAAACCCACGGCUUCCGCGGUGACCCCUAAGUGGCCACCUCCUGCUCCUCCAGCCGCUAUGUCCAGCCCACCGUCCCCAGUUCCUGUGUAUACCCAGCAGGUCCCAGGCCAGCAGCUCAGACCUGCUCCUCCCACCAAGCCCCUCCCGGGGCUGAAGGCCAAGCAGGUCGUCAAGCCAACCUGCACUCCACCGAUGCCACCCAUCAAGCCCAGGGCCGGAGGGGCCCAGCCUGGACCCACUAAGGGAGUUGUUGCCCCAAAGGUUGCUCUGAAACCCCCCGUCCAGAGGAGGUGAUGGGGCCCGAGCUCAAAGCACCCUGGGGGGCAUCUGUGCACCUGUCUGGACGUUACCUGUGAUCAUGUGACCUCGCCACCAGCACCGACAGACCAGCUGCCUGGCCCCAGGCCCUCCGUCCCCCUCCCUGAGGGCUGGGUCCACUGUGAAAAGUCCUAGCGGAAGAGCCAACUCCUCAUGGCUAAGGUCACUCUUCAGCACCCCACGGUCACAGCCCAGGCCCUCUCCGCCCAGGACUCCGUGGUCGGGCCCUCGGCUGCUGUCCUGACCUCAGGAACGGGGGCCAGGCCAGUGCCUUCUCACCCACGUGUGUCUCCAUACUGCCCCUGGUGUCUUGUCUGGGUCUCUGGAAACCUCAGAUGCACAUUCAGUAGGGCUGAAAACUUUAAUGAAGUUUUUGUGUUCUACGAUUAAAUUAUUGAUCAAAUUCUAAAUGACGGGAGAUGGGUGGAAAAUGUUGCAUGCGAAACAAUGUGGAAUUUAUAAGAUUUAAGAGUCCAAUGCUUGUUAAAAUAAAACUUUCCCCUUCUUUUCUUCUGAGA